AUGGCUCCUGGAAAAUACCACAUCAAGAAUGGGACCGUCGUGUCCGUCGACAAGUCCAUUGGCGUCGUCCCCAACUGUGAUGUGCUUAUCGAAGAUGGGAUUAUCAUGGCAGUGGCACCCAACUUGACCUCCUCGACAGACCAUAUUGCCAUCGACGCCACGGACGCCAUCAUCUCUCCAGGUUUCGUCGACACCCAUCGUCAUACGUGGCAGACACAGUUACGCACGGUCUGCGCCGAUCAUGUGCUCAGUGAUUAUUUUAUGCAUAUUCGAUGUGUAUAUGGAUCCUGUUACGAAGCUAAGGAUGCAUAUCUGGGGAAUUACUGUGGGGCAUUGGAGAGCAUUGACAAUGGCAUUACUUUCCUCAUCGACCACUCGCACAUAAUGAAUUCUCCCGCUCACGCUGAUGCCGCCGUUCAGGGAUUGAGGGACGCAAAAAUCCGAGCUACCUUCUGCUAUGGCCUGUACAAGAAUCCUGCAUGGCCGGAGUCAGCGAUGGAUGCGGAGCGGGAGGAAAAAACACCGGAUUGGCGAUUUGAAGAUGCAAAGAGGGUCCGAGAGACACAUUUCAAGUCUAACGAAAAGACCGACGUUCUCCGCUUUGGCUUCGCACCGGCUGAGGUCGAGAGCUGCACGACUGACGAAGCGCUCAAGGAGAUCGCACAUGGUCGGACGCUUGGUGCUGCAGUCGUGACAGCCCACGUCGCUCUAGGUCGCUGGGAUAGGGGGCUACGGUUUGUCCGGCAGCUCAAUGAGCGGAAUGUGCUGGGCCCCGAUUUGCUGUUUAGCCACGGCAGUACAUUCCAGGACGACGAAUUGGAAGCAAUUGCCAAACACGGGGUGGGCGUUUCAAGCACACCUGACUCAGAGCUGCAGAUGGCUAUGGGGCACCCGGUCGCAUUCAAAGCUCAUAGCGUGGGCUGCCAUGCUAGUCUUGGUGUCGAUGUGGUCUCAAGUGCACCUGCGGAUAUGUUCCAGCAAAUGAGGUUGAUGCUCCAGUCUGAGCGGCACAUGAAGCAUCACGCUCAGAAGGGCGCUCCCUUUGUCAUAUCGCACCGGUGCGAGGAGGUCCUGGAGCUCGCGACCAUGGGUGGUGCUAAAGCCGUUGGUUUGGCAGAUGUAAUCGGCAGUGUCAGUCCGGGCAAACGGGCGGACCUGCUCAUUACGAAGUGCAACUCGACCCGCUUGUCCCCACUUGGAGACGCCGUCAUGGCGCUGGUGUUAUACGCAAAUGGAUCCGACAUCGACACCGUGUUCGUUGAUGGAGAGAUCGUCAAGCAAAAUGGUAAGCUGGCGGGGGUAGAUUGGCCCAGGGUACGUGGCGAGUUGCUAGAGUCGACGAGGAGAAUCUUCGAGAGAUCUAAGAAGGCACCGUUCGAGGCGAUCAAGGCACAGGCAACGCCAUUGCUGAAAAUGUAUGCUGGAGAAACUGUGUAG